ACAACGAUGUACUCAUAAAGCUGUUAAUGGUUGCACCGAGUUUGCAGUGUGGCGGCUUUUUACAUGGAAUUGUGUUAUCUAAUAAAUCGAAAAAGUUAUUAUUGACGUCCGAGCACCAGUAAAAAGUGAUUAUCGGUGUGUUCAGCGCAACUCGAUAUUUCCGACUAAAUGGAUACGGGAAAGUGCUGAACAUGACUCCAUUGGCGCCGUGGUUCUUCCGAUAUACGAACGUUACUGAGUAGUUCGUGGUUGCCAGACUUCAUUCGUCCAGACUGUUUUUCAUUUUGACAAAGCCAACUGCUGCUAGAAGACACGGAAUACAAUAUUUAUUUUUCUUGUGGAAAAUAGUAUGAAUUUCAUCAUGACAGUUCGCUUUAAAUUGUAAACGUUCAUAUUAUCUAGGUAACGGUACGUUUUAACGAAGCAGCUAGCUAGGUAGCUAACGUUAGCCAAGCAGCCAGCUGUCUAGCAUUAGCAUUUUUUGUCUGUCAUUUAAAAAGCUAGCACUGACAGCUAGUUUUAUGCUAGUUAGCAUAAGUGUUCUCUCUGAAGUAGCUAACGUUAGCUGGUUAGCUAUAAAAAUGACAAUUAUAGCAACAGGUUGCUAUAUUGCAGAAAUUACAAGUUAAAUAUACCCAGCAAUUUAUUUAGGCAGUGUUUCUGCUGUCAGUCUAUUAGCUAACGUUAACCUAGAUACGUUUUCUCAUAAAUCUGUCAUGAGUUGGCUGGCUUGUUGAUACGCGUAGCGUUAGCUAACGCUAGCUAGUUUUCAAAACAGCUCGCUGGACUCAACAAGCGGGACGAAAAUGCGGGCUUUACGUGGAAACUGAUUAACUAACAAACUUCAGUGGAUCAAACAAGCAUAAGGUGUUUUUAAAAGUUUGCUGUUUACGCCAUUAUUUGAAGUUGCAGAAGAUUUUGAUGCUCCUGGGCUGGGAGACAUAGCCCACUUGUGGAAACCCUAAAUCUGUCGUUGGUGCACAUGUCCAAAAAUAUUUUUACGAUACAGUUGAUGCUUCAAAAUGUCGGCUAUCUCUGCGUCUGAGAAAGUGGACGGGUUCACGCGAAAAUCAAUGAGGAAGGCCCAGAAACAGAAGAAAUCUCAAGGGUCGUCCCAGUUCCGAACUCAAACUUUUACCGAGCUUUCACCCUUGCCGCAGCUCAAAGAUGCACCCUCCACGGAGCAGCAGGAGCUGUUCAGCCAGAAGCUCCAGCAGUGCUGCAUGCUGUUUGACUUCAUGGACUCUGUCACCGACCUGAAGAGCAAGGAGAUCAAGCGGGCCACGCUCAACGAGCUGGUGGACUACGUCUCCACCAACAGGGGCGUCCUGGUAGAGACAGCCUAUCCGGAGAUCUCAAAUAUGAUCUGCACCAACAUAUUCCGGACUCUUCCGCCAAGUGACAACCCUGAUUUUGACCCAGAGGAGGACGAGCCUACUCUCGAGGCCUCGUGGCCACACAUACAGCUUGUCUACGAGUUCCUCCUGCGAUUCUUGGAGAACCCAGACUUUCAGCCCAGCAUCGCCAAGCGCUACAUUGAUCAGAAGUUUGUGCUGCAGCUCCUGGAACUGUUUGACAGCGAGGACCCCCGGGAGAGGGACUUCCUGAAGACGGUCCUGCAUCGGAUCUACGGGAAGUUCCUCGGGUUGCGGGCUUUCAUCAGGAAGCAGAUCAACAACAUCUUCUUGCGGUUCAUCUACGAGACUGAUCACUUCAACGGAGUGGCUGAACUCCUGGAGAUACUGGGGAGCAUCAUCAAUGGCUUUGCACUGCCAUUGAAGGCGGAACACAAGCAGUUCCUGAUGAAGGUGCUCAUCCCCAUGCAUACCGCCAAAGGACUGGCCCUGUUCCACGCACAGCUGGCCUACUGUGUCGUCCAGUUCCUGGAGAAGGACCCCACCCUCACAGAGCCGGUGAUUCGGGGGCUGUUGAAGUUUUGGCCCAAAACCUGUAGCCAGAAGGAGGUGAUGUACCUGGGGGAAAUGGAGGAGAUCCUGGAUGUCAUUGAGCCCACCCAGUUCAAGAAGAUCCAAGAGCCCCUGUUCAAGCAGAUCUCCAGAUGUGUGGCCAACCCCCACUUCCAGGUAGCGGAGAGAGCCCUCUACUUCUGGAACAACGAGUACAUCCUGAGCCUGAUUGAGGAGAACAUCGACAAGAUUCUGCCUAUCAUGUUUGGUAGCCUGUACAGAAUCUCCAAAGAACACUGGAACCCGACGAUUGUAGCUCUGGUCUACAACGUGCUGAAGACCCUGAUGGAGAUGAACAGCACACUAUUUGAUGAGCUGACAGCCUCCUACAAAUCAGACAGACAGCGGGAGAAGAAGAAGGAGCAGGAGAGGGAGGAGCUGUGGAAGAAGCUGGAUGAGCUGAAGCUGAGUGACGCAGCGGCUCUGGUGCAGAACAACAGCCACGGGCUCCAGAACGCUGCCCAGAACAACAACAACAGCAACAACAACAAUCACCAAGGAAACCAGGAGAAGGGCACCGCUGUCAUCGCAACGGACCAUGAAGACCCUGUCGUCGCCAUGGAUACCGCAGAGAAUGUCAAGGGCGUCAAAAGUGCCAAAUGACACAGGACUCCAUUUUGUACUCUGUAACGGUUUCCAGGCCGUCUGAGAACUGUCAGGGAGGGGCUUGGGGGUGACGGGGAGGAGGAGCUUGAGAAAAUAGCCACACAAAAAAAAAGAGAGAUAAACCUCAUCAGUAUGUUAAAUCUAUAUACAGUAAAACUACUUCAAAUGCCAGAAAUUCUCCAUUGGCAGAAAACGUAUAUUUCAACUUAAGACUAUUUUGGGAUGUUACAGUGUGACCACAGUAUAUUGGUAAGCUUUUUUUGUCUGAUCAAAGAAUUUAUCCUUUCACAUUUAGUUUCUUAACUGAGAAAUGUUUUUUUUUGGGGGGGGUGAUAUUCAAUGUAUGAAAAUAUAGGAGGGGGAGAAAAUGACUUGAAAAUAACCUUUCUGAUUGUGCUGCACUUCGAGAAGCUAAAUGGCUAUUUUAAGAUUUGUCUAUUUUGUAUGUGCUUUCAUCACUGCUGCCAACAGAGGGGUGCAAACUGUAAGGAAGAGGGGGUCGGGGGCGAGCUUUGGA